GCAAGCAUGGGUCAGUCGCCAAGCGAAGACGUUUCAACUAGUUUCGUGUGGUGUUUCAUGGGAUCGUUAUUAACACCAAAUUACUGUAGCUGAACAAUUCAUGAGGUCUCAGCAAGUUUUGCUUGCUAUUAUUCCUAAUCUGGAGCAAAACUCUUCAUUUACAGGAGAAAAUAAGGUAGAAUGUACUCGAAAAUCGUUAUAUUGGGAGCAUGUUUCCUGAUACUAUUGGCGAAUCACCGAUCCUCAUGCAAAGCUGCCGUUUGCCCCCAGGAAGCGAGGGGAAAUUACCAAUGUGUUUUAAUCGAUAAAUGUAAUUUACUGUACACAAUUCUCGACGCUACAACUGGCAGAGGAAAUGUUGAGUUUUAUGGAGGAAUUUCGUGCGCCCUGGUGCCUUAUAAAGGGGAGUUGAACAAGAAAAUUUGCUGCUACUCUAAACUCUUCUUAGAAAGUGAUAACGAUGACAGGAAUAACAAUGACAAAAAUAACGGUGGCGAUGCCCUUAACAAUGGUGGAAACGACAACGCUCAACUGGGAAUGGUCACCAGGUACGGACCUCUUCAACCACCUGUGUGUGGCAUCAGCAAUAGUACAUUUACAAAAGUUGUGAACGGAGUACCCGCAUCUUUGGGCAAUUGGCCUUGGGCCACAGCUCUCGGGUAUCGAGGAAAUCGGAUUUCCAGAAGGCCAAUUUUCGAAUGUGGUGGGGCGCUCAUCUCGGCUCGACACGUUCUCACAGCUGCUCAUUGCGUCGGCCCUAGAUUGUUCCUUGUACGUGUCGGCGAACUCGAUCUCGAUGACGACUACGACGGAGCAGCACCGGUUGAUUUAUUCAUCGAAAAAACAACGAUCCAUCCGGAUUACGACGAAAAGACUUUUUUCAGCGACAUCGCCGUAAUCAAACUCGAAAGAGACGUCGAGUUUACAGAUUUGAUCAGACCAAUAUGUUUACCCGUAAGCGAAUCAAUACAACGCGCACCCAAAGUUGGGCAAAGGCCAUACGUUAUUGGAUGGGGAGCUUUGGGUAUCAAUGGUGUUGCCGCUUCUACUCUGCAGCAAGUGCAAUUACCGCUUGUAGCACAAAACCAAUGCAAAGCGGUAUAUGAAUUGAGUCGCUCAAUUAUCGACGAUCGUGUGUUGUGCGCUGGCUUUCCUUCCGGUGUCAGCGACGCGUGUCAGGGCGACAGUGGCGGACCGAUGAUGUAUCCACUCGGCAAAGUGUGGUACAGUAUCGGAGUGAUCUCGUUCAGCUACAGUUGUGCUCUUCCAAAUUGGCCUAGUGUUUAUACGAAGACCCAGUAUUUCAUCGAUUUCAUCCUCCAGAAUCUCAAUUGAUCAUGUCUGUGAUGUGAUAAAUAAAAGACAAAGAAUGAGUGUGACAGCAUCGUGUAUUGAGAUAUUGAAAACUUGCAACAUUUUCUGAACUUCUGUAAUAAUUUUUUUUAUGAAAAAAAUAAAUUUUCAAAAGAA